AUGACAACACAUAAUAUGUUGUCGUUUGAUAGUAACCGUACUAUAUAUAACGAUCGAACCUAUGUUCGCACAACAUAUUCAUCAACGACAAAUCAAUCAUUUCGUCCUUAUUUAACAACAUUGCCAGUGACACCAAUUAAUGUAUGCGAAAAUCUGUUAUAUGGAACAAAAAUAAAUGAAGAUGUUGGAUCAGCUACAUCUUCGUAUAUUCAUAAAAAUGAACAUUAUGAUAAUACUUAUAUGCAUACCUAUGAUAAUCCAAUGGAAUAUCAUGAAAAUUAUAAUAUUAAAAAAAGUUUAAUAAGUCUUCCGCAUAACAAUGAAAAUGUGUAUGAUAAUCCAAAAAAUGGAAUUAUUAAUGAUAGUGAAAAUAAUUCUUCAUCAAAUACCUCUAAUAGUACGUCACCUAUUCUUUUCUAUCUUGAAAAUAAAAGUUUAGCUUUAUAUUCAUGUAUUAUUUCUACACUUCUAUUAUUAAUUAUUGCUCUCAGCAUAUUUCUAUUAAAUAAAAUUGUUCGUCCUGUUGUUAUUAAUACGACUGUCAAUAAUCAUUACGAUUUAAUGAAUAUGUCAAAUAUGUCGACAACAUCAAUCACAUCUCGAUCAACUAUUUCGUCAGCACUUGCUAAUCUAUUAGCAGAAUCCUCAGUUGAUGAUAUGCCAUCAUCGACAACAACAACAACGACAACAAUCGAUCAACUGUCGUUAGCACAUAUAUGGUGUCCAUCUGAUCGUUGGACUGUUGGAUGCAAAUAUGUCUGUAAACCAUGUGGUGUAGGUGUAUGCCAUUCAGUUACAGGCAAAUGUAUCUGUCCAGAAGAUAUUUAUGGCGAGUUUUGUGAUCUAUGGAAAGUUGAAGAUAAACCAAAACGAGGCGAUAUGAUGAGUUGA